AUGCAUAGACAGACAUCGCUUAUUCCGUUUGUGAGACUCAAUCGACCGGAUCCUACAGCAGCCACUUCCGAACCUUCAUUGGUGAGAAACCAUAAGAAAAUAACACAUGUUCCCAUAUUGAAGAGGUCAAGGUCAUUGUGGGAUGACGACUUACCGCGAAUUUGUAACCCACCAUCGACUGAGGUGGCGCCGACUGAGCGUGUGAGCGAAGUAUCUUCAUCGUCCAGCUUUGAAGACUCUACCAAAUCUGCGUACAAAAUAGGAGGACAUACCCUGACAGGCCGACCAUGUCCUCUGUUGAGCAAGGGCGACGUGAUUCUCCCCCAGGCAUGCCAUUCUAGCUAUGAUCAUGCAGAACAUCACGAUAACUCAAAAAAGCAACCCAUAUAUCAAGAGCGAGGGGAAUAUUUUGUUCAAGAUCUAGAUAGUGAAGAAGAAGAGCAUGAAACUGUUGCCACCAUACUUAACCUCAAGAGGCUUCACCAAGAGCAUCAACCUAUUUCUUCUUCACUAUCACCUAAACCGUCCAUAGUAAUCACUCCUGGUUCUCAGGAGGAAGCUCCAUGCCCCGAUCCUUUUUUGUCAUGUGAAACAUCCGAACCGAAGCGUAUAUCUUCAAGGAGUACUGUAAAGGUUUUUGAUUCUUGGUGCGCUCGUGAGCCUUCACAGCACUGGCCGCGGCCCUCUCUCCAACUACCUUCUCCUUCGACUACACCAGAAGAGAAAAGUGUAACCAAAAGACUUGAAAAUAAGCGCAAUCGAAAUUUCACAAAGGAUACAGCACUGCAAUUAACCCAAACGUUUCUUGAUUUCGGCCAGACGUCUGCUGUUGAGCUUGCAAAGACUUGCCCGCACUGUGGUAUGCUGUUCACAGAAGUUGAGGAGGACACUAUCCUCCACAGACGACUGUGCUCUCGACUCCGUUCCCAGAGAGGAAUCAAAGUAAGGAAAAAAGUGAAUAAAGAAAGCUGUAGUGCUGGGACUGGAGAGAAAGCCCUCCCACUGGUGCAGACUGGUGAAGCUGUGAGGGUCCUGGAUUUUCUCAGUGAAAAGUUACGUACUCGCACGAAGAACGGGCUGCCGGUGUGCGAAAGGAUCACUGAAAACCCUAAGAAAUCCUUGGGGAAGCAGCCAGACCAAACCAUGUCCAGCGGCUGGGGAAGGGACUUGUACAUUCUUCGCUGUGACCGUUCGUUGCUAAUGCAAACACCCGAAGCGGUGUAUUUAUUGGAGUCGCUCGGCUUCUUGGACACUUUUUUUGAUUCUGCAGACUACAUCGUGGUAGUAGUAUCCAGCAGGGCUUUGAAGCGUGUGCUCUGCGCGGUGGCGGGGUGCUCCCAUACACGUGAGCAGGAUCCACAGCUUGAACUGAGGCCACAGCAUGCUUCUGGUGGUGACGGCGUGAGGUGCCUAACGCGUCGGUGUUUUACCUUCUGUGAUGUUAACUAUGUUUGGCUGGCAAGUGAAUCUGCCAUAGAGAAACAGGCUCGAAGUACAGCGUUAGAAAAUGGUGCAUAUGGGUCGCUUUUGACGCGAGAGGCACACCAGGACAACCCUUUCAUCCGCGCCGAAGGUCGUGCGAAGCAGCGAGAGAAUGGUAUGCGGCUAGCACUGGAGGAAGUUAAUAAGAGCCUAGCACAGGCCCUUGUUGAGCUUGGCACCCAGGUUGCAUAUGGUCACGUUUUCUCUCCACUAAUGGAUUUUUCGUAUUCAAAGCAACUAUUUGCUACAGACAGCAGUAACACACUGAAGGCUUCAUUGUCCAUGAAGGAAAGGCUGUCCUGUUGUAUGAAAAACCAAAUUAGUACCGACUUUCGACAUGAUGCCGCCUCAGACGACGACAAUAUCGGUGAUGAGUUAUUUCUCCACUCAGAAAAUAGCAGGUCUUAUUCCAUCUCUGAGGAUGACAACGACCGUAACUCUACCCUGCUUGAGGUGGAGGAAAGCAUCCAAUCCGUCCUCUCUGUAAUAUCCAGUCAGGAAGGCAUGUAA